AUGCUCGUCUGCCCGGCUGUCCCACUUGCCGAGGUGAGGCCGAUGUUGUUAACGCCCGCUCUCUCAUCUCGCGGCGUCGACACCGCCGACGCCACCGACACCGCCACAAAAAAAGUACUUCGUUUAGCCUGCCCGUCUCUUUGUGUUUGCGACAGCGGCAGAAGACUGUUUUGUCAAGAGUCUGCGACAAGCUUGUUCUUCUAUCGUCAGGAGACGAAACGGCCCGCUAGACUCGCGUGCUCGUCUGCCAAUGUGAAGACGAUCAGUUGGAGUGUGCAGUUUUGCGUCUGUCAGUGGCAGUGUGGUCGACUUGUCGGCGUGUCUCUGCCAGGCGCGUUGGUACUGGUCGAUUGGCAUGACAUGUCGCGUGGACUCGUCAAGACCUGUCAAUCCGAGUUGGCAGAAGAAGCAGAAACGCAGGGCAGAUGGGCGAGAAGUGGAAGCGGCAGAUGA